AUGAGCCGCUUCCAGGACGGCUCCGACCCCGAGGACGAGGUCAUGGCCAACGAGCAGGUCCAGUUCGACGGCAUGGAGGACCUCGACCGCAUGCCCUCGAUUGGCAGCAACCAGGACAUCCACGCCCAGCUGCAGGCCGCCGCCACCCCGCUCGAGUUCCAGGCCACGCUCGAGACAAAGUUUGCCAGCUACGACAACUACUGCAACCUGUUCCACUACAUCCUCAACUCGGACGGCCCCGUCGACCUCGAGGUCCCCAACUACUACUGGGCAUGGGACGUCAUCGACGAGUUCAUCUACCAGUUCAACAGCUUCUGCAGCUACCGCCAGAAGGUCGCCCUCAAGAACGACAACCAGGACGAGAUCCAGCUGCUGCGCGACAACCCAAACACAUGGGGCUGCUACAGCGUCCUCAACGUCCUCUACUCGCUCAUCCAGCGCUCGCAGAUCAACGAGCAGCUCGCCGCCAUGAAGCGCGGCGAGGACUCGAACCUGUACGCCGGCGAGUACGGCCAGCGCCCCCUCUACAAGAUGCUCGGCUACUUCUCCAUCAUCGGCCUCCUGCGCGUCCACUGCCUGCUGGGUGACUUCAGCCUCGCCCUCAAGACCCUCGACGACAUUGAGCUCAACAAAAAGGCCCAGUUCGCCCGCGUCAUGGCCGCCCACUUCACCACCUACUACUACGUCGGCUUCUCCUACAUGAUGAUGCGUCGCUACACCGACGCCAUCCGCAUGUUCUCCCACAUCCUCGUCUACGUCUCGAGGACCAAGAACUUCCAGAAGAACGCCCAGUACGACUCCAUCACAAAGAAGAACGACCAGAUGUACGCCCUCGUCGCCAUCUGCGUCGCCUUCCAGCCCACAAGGCUCGACGACACCAUCCACACCGCCCUCCGCGAAAAGUACGGCGAGCAGUUCAACCGGCUGCAGCGCGGCGGCCCCGAGUCGCUGCCCCUCUUCGAGGAGCUCUUCCGCACCGCCUGCCCCAAGUUCAUCAGCCCCACACCGCCCGACUUUGACAACCCCGAGGUCAACAUCGACCCCGUCGAGCACCACCUCCGCAUCUUCAUGGACGAGGUCAAGAACAACAUGAUGUCACCCACCGUCAAGAGCUACCUCAAGCUCUACACCACCAUGGACCUGAAGAAGCUCGCCGGCUUCCUCGAGGUCGAGCCCGAGAAGCUGAGGUGCUGGUUGCUCGUCAACAAGCAGAGGAACAGGCAGAUCAGGUGGAACGAGGGCGGCCUGCUCGAGGGCGAUGUCGUUUCUGCCGGCGACCUCGACUACGCCAUGGAGGGAGACCUCAUCCACGUCUCCGAGGCCAAGGUCGGCAGGAAACUCGUCGACUGGUACCUCAGGAACCUGGCUCGCACUUACUAG